ACAGUAGGCAUGUGCUCCACCAGAGAGUUGGCAGAUUGCAAAUGCAGCAGCCUUGUUGUUGGGACUUAUUAUUGCUCUAGAUGGACAACUUUAGGGGGGCAUCAGGGACUACCCACGGCUUUCGGAGUAACCUACUUCCAAAUGCACUAACAUGACCAGGCACGUGUGGUUUUCCUUACCUUAUGCGUCCAAGCCCUUCAGGAGAACUGGUGCAACCAACUCAUCGGGUCUCUUCUCCACCUUGUAUGGCUUCCCAAACAUCUCCUCGCUCUUUAACGGGGACCUCAACAUAGACGACAUUGGAGACUUUGAGAACGACACUAAAUAUGAGGCAGAAUCGCAGAGUUCCACUGUGAAAGCCCUGCUGAUCGUUGCCUACUCCGUGAUCAUUGUCAUCUCUCUGUUUGGGAAUAUCUUGGUGUGUCACGUUGUCAUUAAGAACAGCCGGAUGCAGUCGGCGACCAGCCUUUUCAUUGUGAACCUGGCGAUAGCUGAUAUCAUGAUCACCCUUCUCAACACCCCCUUCACCCUGGUUCGCUUUGUGAGCAGUACGUGGGUUUUUGGGAAGCUUAUGUGCCACGUGAGCCGAUUUGUCCAAUAUUGCUCGGUCCAUGUUUCUGUGCUGACCCUCAUGGCUAUCGCGCUGGACAGACACCAGGUUAUUAUGCACCCAUUGAAGCCCAGGAUGUCUACAGUGAAAGGCAUCAUCUGCAUCAUUGUCAUCUGGUUUAUGGCUAGUGGUUUCUCCCUACCACACGCUGUGUACCAAAAGCUAGAACAAUUUUUUAUAGGCAACACUGUUAGGAUGGUUUGUCUUCCCAGUUUUCCAUAUCCAGCAGACCUUUUCUGGAAAUAUUUGGACUUGGCCACCUUUGUGCUCUUGUAUGUUCUGCCCUUGAUUGUUAUUUCCAUCACCUACACCACAGUUGCAAAGAAGCUUUGGUUAAGAAAUGCCAUAGGGGACAUUACUAUGGAGCAGUACUACGCCCACCGCCGGAAGAAAAAAAUGACCCUCAAGAUGCUCAUGCUGGUGGUGGUGGUCUUUGCAGUUUGCUGGUUCCCGCUGAAUUGUUACCUUGUGUUGAUGUCCAGUAAAGUCAUAAGCAGUAACAACGCCAUAUAUUUUGCCUUUCACUGGUUCGCCAUGAGCAGCACAUGCUACAAUCCGUUUAUCUACUGCUGGCUGAAUGAGAGCUUCCGCUCUGAGCUUAAAGCUUUGCUGUGCGUGUGUCGGAGGAGAAGCCCAGCCCAGAGCCAUCCUCUUCAGUCUGUUUCACCUCAGUUCCGACAUGCCUGGACCGAAAACUGUAACUUUAAACAAGGCAGUAGCUCUCAGGCUGCUGGAUCUGCAACCAAUGUAAAUUCAGGAAGGACUGAUAUCUCUAGUGUGGAACCCAUUGUCACAGUCAGCUAAAGGUGCCCAAGAGAAUCUGGCAGGGCAGCCAUCUAUGUUAACAAAAGGACAAUGGCAGCAUUAAAGGAAAAAUAUCACAAAACCAGUUGCACAUAUUUACAUAGCUAUACAUAUCUAUAUCUAGCAACCGAC